CAGGAAGGUCACACCAUCCCCCACCAUCAUCAGGGUGAAGAACAGAAAGACAUAAAAGUUGAAGUUAAAGAGGAAGAAGAAGAGAUGUUGGUGAGUGGAGAUCAGCAGUCUAUGGAGGAGGGUUGUCCUCUUUAUUCCCGGGAUUCCCCCCAGGAACAUCAGAACUCUACAGAUAAUGAUCAGGGUGAAGAAUCGAAGGAUAGAACAGCUAAAGAAGAAGAAGAGACGUUGGGUGAAGAACGGAAAGACAUCAAAGUUGAAGUUAAGGAGGAAGAAGACGAGAGGUUGGUGAGUGGAGAUCAGCAGUCUAUGGAGGAGAGAGGUCCUCUGUAUUCCCGGGAUUCCCCACAAGAACAUCACAACUAUAAAGAGAAUGAUCAGGGUGAAGGACUGAGAGACAUCAAAGUUGAGGUUAAAGAAGAAGAGAGGUUGGUGAGUGGAGAUCAGCAGUCUAUGGAGGAGGGGGAGAUGAUCAUGGAAAGUAAACAGGAGGAAUCUUCUCUACAUAUCAACACAGAUGGACUUUUUGUUCUGAAAACCUCGGAAGGAGAUCCAAUUUUAUCUCCCGAUAUGAAAGCAGAAGAUGAUGACAUCACACAAUGUUCUCCAGGAGAAGAUCCCAUUAUUCCAACCGCACAUCACAGACCUUCCCAUCUGGAGGGAUCAAUGGGUCCUUCUAAUCCUGAGGAACCUUCUGAUAAAUCCCACACUAUGACAUCAGAUGUCCAUCUAUCCCAUACUAUGACCUCAGAUGUCCAUCUAUCCCAUACUAUGACCUCAGAUGACCAUCUAUCCCACACUAUGACCUCAGAUGACCAUCUAUCCCACACUAUGACAUCAGAUGUCCAUCUAUCCCACACUACGACAUCAGAUGUCCAUCUAAGAUCAGUGGGUCCUUCUAAUCCUGAGGAACCUUCUGAUAAAUCCCACACUAUGACUUUAACACAUCCAUCCAAUCCCAAGGUGUUUUCUUUAUGUGACAGGAGUCCCACGGGUAAGCGUUCUUAUUCAUGUUCAGAGUGCGGGAAAUGUUUCACUAGGAUGGGAAUUCUUCGUACACACCAGAGAAUUCACACUGGUGAGCGUCCUUUUUCAUGUUCAGAGUGUGGGAAAUGUUUCACUAGGAAGGGAAUUCUUUGCACACACCAGAGAAUUCACACUGGUGAGCGUCCUUUUUCAUGUUCAGAGUGUGGGAAAUGUUUCAUUAAUAAAGCAAAACUUCUUGGACACCAGAAAAGUCACACAGGUGAGCUUCCAUUUUCAUGUUCUGAGUGCGGGAAAUGUUUCUCUAAAAGGGAAACCCUUUUUAGACACCAGGCACUUCAUACAGGUGAGCGUCCUCAUUCAUGUUCAGAGUGCGGAAAAUGUUUCGCUCUGAAAGAAGACCUUGUUAAACACCAGAAAAGCCACACCGGAGAUCGUCCUUUUUCUUGUUCGGAGUGCGGAAAAUGCUUUCUUAGAGCUUAUAACCUUCUUUUACACCAGAGACGUCACACGGGUGAGCGCCCUUUUUCGUGUACAGAGUGCGGGAAAUGUUUCAUUGAUAAUAGCGGACUUCUUAUACACCAGAGAAUACACACCGGAGAUCGUCCUUUUUCUUGUUUGGAGUGCGGGAAAUGCUUUCUUAGGACUGAUCACCUUCAUCUACACCAGAGAAGUCACACAGGUGAGCGUCCUUUUUCUUGUACAGAGUGCGGAAAAUGUUUCACAGAGAACAGAAGACUUCUUAUACACCAGAGACUACACACCGGGGAGCGUCCUUUUUCAUGUGCAGAGUGCGGGAAAUGUUUCAUUGAGAAAGGAAACCUUCUUAGACACCAGAAAAGUCACAUGGGCGCCCGUCCCUUUUCUUGUUGAGAGUGCGGGAAAUGUUUCACUGUGAAAAGGAGCCUUCUUAGACACCAGGCAAAUCAUACCGGUGAGUGUCCUUUUUCAUGUACAGAGUGCGGGAAAUGUUUUACCGACAAAGGAGAACUACGUAUACACCAAAGAAGUCACACGGAUGAGCGACCUCAAUAAUAGACAGAGUGCGGGAAGUGUUUCACUGAUAAAGGAAAGCUUGUUAUACACCAGAGAAUUCACACACGGUCUGCCUAAUAUGUUUAUAUUCUACAAAGAGGAUAACUGUAAAAAUGUAUUACCCUACACUAUGCAAUCAGGAUUGGUCCUUCACCAUCGAUCCCUUUUAUAGAUGGCUUUUGGCUCUUUCGCAUUAUUACAAUAUUUUCACAUUACUACAGAAGGUGGUAUGGUCCAUGCAUAUCUAUCAUUAUGUGUUCAUCACUUAUUCUAAUUUUAUUAAAUAAACAAGAACUUUAUAAUA